UACCUCAGAGGCCUCCUUUCUCUAUUUAAAAGUAUCGUAUUGGUAGUUAGCCUACGACCUCCAUCUUUCUCAAGAUGGCGACCAGUGCCCCUACCAAAACCCAAUUCAUUUUUGGAGGCAAAUAUAAACUGAUCCGCAAGAUCGGUUCUGGCUCCUUUGGAUAUGUUUAUCUUGCAAUCAACCUUACCAAUGGCGAGGAAGUGGCUGUGAAAAUAGAAUCUCAGAAAGCCAGGCAUCCGCAGCUACUAUAUGAAAGCAGACUCUAUAAUCUUCUUCAAGGGGGGAUUGGUUUCCCCCAGUUACGCUGGUAUGGUCAAGAAAGAGAGUACAAUGUACUAGUCAUGGAUCUCCUCGGGCCCAGCCUGGAAGAUCUCUUUACUUACUGUUCAAGAAGGUUCUCGAUGAAAACUAUCCUUAUGCUAGCCGACCAAAUGAUAAGUAGACUCGAAUAUGUGCAUUCAAAGAAUUUCAUACAUCGAGACAUUAAGCCAGAUAACUUCUUAAUGGGUGCUGGCUGUCGUUGUCAUAGGUGCUUAGAAUCACCAGCAGGUAAGAGGAAAAGAAACCUGAGCAUCUAUAGUUCUUCAGAACCAUCCUACGCAGGCCUAAACCAGGUAUACCUUAUUGACUUUGGUUUGGCCAAAAAGUUCAGAGACAGCAAGACUGGACAGCAUAUCCCAUACCGAGAAGAUAAAAAUCUUACUGGCACUGCCCGAUAUGCUAGCGUCAAUGCACAUCUUGGCAUUGAGCAAAGUCGCCGAGAUGACAUGGAAUCACUAGGAUAUGUUCUCAUGUAUUUGAACAGAGCCAACCUGCCAUGGCAAGGACUAAAGGCUGCAACAAGGCAGCAGAAAUAUGACAAAAUCAGUGAAAAGAAGAUGUCAACUCCUGUUGAAGUUUUGUGCAGGGGUCUUCCUGCAGAAUUUGCCAUGUACCUAAACUACUGUCGUGGGCUACGCUUUGAAGAAGAACCAGAUUACACGUAUCUGAGGCAGCUCUUUCGCAUUCUUUUCAAAAGCCUGAACUACCAAUAUGACAAUGUAUUCGACUGGACUGUGAUAAAGCCAAAAUCAGCUCAACAGGCAGCAUCUUCAAGUGGGUGUCAGUGUCAGCAGCCCCAAAACCCCACAGGCAAGUAAACUGACAAAGCCAAAAAUAAUCUAAAAAGGUUUCUA